CCCAGACAAAACCAACGGUUUCUUUCUUAAUUCUUACCGAGGACAGUCGGCUAGAACGAACGAAAGGGGAAAAGAGUUUCGCGGAACCAAAAAGAGAGCAUAGCACGAUGGUUUCAUCUAAGGUUAAGUUGAUUAGUGGUCGAGUUGCAGAAAACCAACGCAUUGUCAAGAACGCCGGUACGAGAGGUUUUAAGUUUUAUUCAGAUACUGAAAGGAUAAAAGUUCGUGGAAAUGAGGCGGUUGGUUCUGAUGUCAUGAAAACUGGAAGAAAACUAUUGGCGAUGACAAGAAAAUCAUUGUCUCCGACAGAAGGUGAUAAUCAGACUGAUUUGAAUAAUCCAAAGGGUACUGCUGAUUGUUCAAAGACAAGUAUGCCCAAGUCUGGCAGUUCUGUCAAGAUUAAGGUUAGGAGAAAAGUAUUGGCUGAUGUCAGCAAUGUAAAGAGUUACAUCCUAAGGAGUCGAGCAACCGAUGGCUCCAAACCACUGAAAUCAUUGUCUCCGACAGAAGGUGUUGAUCAGACUGAUUUGUAUCAUCAGAAGGGUACUGCUGAUAGUUCAAAGAAAAGUAAGCUCAAAUCUGGUAGUUCUGUCAAGAUAAAUGGGAGGAAAGUAUUGGCUGAUGUCACCACUGUAAGGAAUUACAUCCGAAGGAGUCGAGCAAGCGAUGGCUCCAAACCACUGAAAUCAUUGUCGCCAACAGAAGGUGUUGAUCAGACUGAUUUGAAUCAUCAGAAGGAUACUGCUGAUAGUUCAAAGAAAAGUAAGCCCAAAUCUGGUAGUUCUGUCAAGAUAAAGGAUGGGAGAAAAGUAUUGGCUGAUGUCAGCACCGUAAGGAAUUACAUCGUAAGGAGUCGAGCAAGUGAUGGCUCCAAACCACAGAAUGACAAAAGUGGGGGAAGUUUCUCAAUACAGCACAAGAUUCAAGGAGGGAAAGCUUUAUAUGGGUCAAGGGUUUCAGUGGGUCAGAGUACUGACUUUGCAACUGCAAUAUCAAGAAAACCUGUAAUGGGAAAAGGUACAGCAAACCGAAGUGUUGAAACUCACCUCCGGAAGAAUAGUGGUAUCAGAGACUCUAAGAUUUAUUCUGACAAGCUUAAGGCCCUGAAACAAGAAAUUGGUACAGAUGGCAGGAAAAGUGCUAGAAAGCCUCUAACGUUGACAAGGAAGUCAUUGCCAGUCACAAGGAUGAUGAACAAGACCCAUUCAACUCAUGAUAAAGGUGAAAAUUCAAAAAAAGGUACAAGAACUUGUAAUUUCUCGGUUACAACUAUGGUUGGAGGGAAGGUGGUGCCCAAUGUAAGAGGUGCAAAAAAUCAUCUUUUGCGGAGCCGAGUGAGUGAUGGUUUUGUCUCAAUGGUUCCUGUGGGUCGAAGUACCUUGCGUACAAGUGCAUUGUCAAGAAAACCAAUCAAGACAGCUAAUAGAACCACACACACAUCCUCCAAUUCCCAGAAGACCUCAACUUUCAACUACAAAUCAAAUUAUUCUUCUUCAUCUGCUGUUGCAAAUAUAACCAAGGACAAAGAAGAGGAAGUAAUAAAGGCUUCUGCUCCUGAGAAUGCUGCUGGGGUGACUUCUAGAAGCAGAGCUAGUCGUCGAAGAUCAUUUACAUCUUUGCUAGUGGGGGCUAGAUCAAAGGUAUUAGGUGAGCUUGCUGAAGGUGUCAAACAGGAAGAGCUACCGAGUAUUGAUGAUAACACUAAUGAUCUUGAAGUAGCAGAAUACGUUGAUGAGAUCUAUCAGUAUUAUUGGCUUAUGGAGACCGAAAAUCCAUCCCUGGAAAAUUACAUGAUGAUACAGAAAGAGAUAACUCCAGCAUUGCGUGGAAUACUGAUCAACUGGUUAAUUGAAGUACACCUCAAAUUUGAAUUGAUGCAAGAGACAUUGUUUCUCAUGGUAGCAUUGCUGGACAGAUUCCUUUCUAAGGUUAUAAUUGAAAAGAAGGAAUUGCAGUUGGUUGGUCUUACAGCACUCUUAUUAGCAUCCAAAUAUGAGGACUUUUGGCAUCCUAAGGUCAAAGACUUAAUUAGCAUCACGGCAGACUCAUACACAAGAGAUCAAAUGCUUGGAAUGGAGAAGCUUAUCCUUAAAAAGUUGAUGUUCCGUUUGAAUGCACCAACUCUAUAUGUGUUUAUGUUAAGAUUUCUCAAGGCUGCUAAAUCAGAUACUAAGCUUGAGCAUUUAGCAUUCUACUUAAUUGAGUUGUCGCUGGUUGAAUAUGAAGCUUUGAAGUUCAAACCAUCACUGUUAUGUGCAUCAGCGAUCUAUCUUGCACGUUUUACUCUGCAAAUCAGCCCAGCUUGGACCAAACUGCUAAGAAAACAUACGCACUAUGAAGAAUCUGAUCUGAGGGACUGUGCUGAUAUGAUCUUAGGAUUCCAAAAAACUUCUGGUAGAGGACCAUUAAGAGUUACACAUGAUAAAUAUAUGCAAAAUGAUCGUAGUUGUGUUGCAGCUAUAAAAGCCAUGGACAGGCUUCCUCUUAUGAUGUAAAAUGUUUUUUGUAUGUAAAUAUGACCGGAAGUUAUUCAGUGGUGGAGAGUAGGCUUCAGAUGCUGGUUUUUUGAGUGCAUUGAAUCCUUGAAGACAGAUACCUCCACAACAGGUACAAAUUGCCCUGCCAUUCUACGUGUAGCAUGUAUCAAGAAGCAUGCUCCAGUUGCAUCUGAGAAGAAGUCAGUUAUCUCUUUUGGAUACCGAGUGAACCGAGUUUUUUUUGUCAAUAUAAAACCCAUAGUUAAUUACGAAGUCAAUUUGUCUGUAACAUAGAUGAUCAUCAUCAGCUUUAAGAACAAUUUGUGAUCAGGAUUUGAGCUCCUAGAAUAUUGUCGUGAAGAGACGGGUUAUAAAUGUGUGUUUGGAUCU